GUCAUGGUACUCUUUUCAGCAGCCCUUUUGGCGGUUGUUCAAUUCCAGACUGUGGCCGCCAUUCGAUCCUUAACUAUCGACACUACCUCGGGGUCAGUGCAGGGCUUCAUAUGUGACAAAACACCGAAUGUUGCACAGUUCCUUGGCAUCCCGUUCGCAGAACCACCGGUAGGAGCGCGACGUUGGCUUCCACCAUCGCCAAAGUCUAGGGAGGAGGGCAAAAUCGAUGCAACAAGCUUCGGUCCUUCGUGUCCUCAAUUCGAAAUCGACGCGAGCGUCGAACCAUCUGUCUAUUUGAUCGACGCCCCCGAGUUUAACAUCACCCCGAAGGAUGAUCAAAAUGAAGACUGCUUGUCGAUCAACGUAUGGACGCCUUGGGAUGAGACGCAAAAUCAGGGCGAUGCAACCGAAUCGUUGCCGGUAAUUGUGUGGCUCUAUGGCGGAGGCUUCACUGGCGGAGGUGCAACGUCGCCCUAUUAUAAUCCAACUUCAUGGAUUGAGAGAAGCGGGAAACACAUUGUUGUCGGAAUCAACUACCGCGUUAACAUAUUUGGCUUUCCUAAUGCAGCAGGUCUUCCAGCCGGAGAACAAAACCUGGGCAUUCUGGACCAGCGCCUAGGUUUAGAAUGGAUUCGCGACAACAUCGCCAAGUUUGGCGGCGACCCUGAUCGCAUUACUCUCUGGGGUCAAUCAGCAGGUGCGAUGUCAGUCGACUACCACAACUUUGCGUAUCCAGAAGACCCGAUUGUCUCAGGUCUGAUUAUGAACUCUGGUGUUACAAAGCUACCCAAGAUCAGUGCCGAUGUUGAGCAAACAAACUUUACAUUUGUAGCGGAUCAUUUUGGAUGCUGUAAGGGUAGUGCUGCAGAGGAAGUCGAGUGUCUGCGAAACGUCAGUAGCUCGACCAUUAUGAGCUACUUGAAGGCUCGUGCCGAUAACCGCACGACGCCGUCCCUAGGCUUCAGCCAAUUCGUCGAUAAUCGCAUCAUAUUCGCAGAUUACACCGCUCGCGCUUUGGCCGGGAACUUCAGCCGCAAACCCGCCAUCAUCGGUAGCACCGAGAGCGAAGCCAACGGCGCUAUGCCCUACAAUCGCACAUAUGGCCCUAAUCAAGCACUAUCAGAUGCAUUGACUACAGCAUUCUUCCUCUGUCCGACCGUCCAAACAACGCAGGACCGUUACACAGCUAACGCGACCACCUUCCGCUAUAUCUAUAGUGGUAACUUUAGCAACAUCUCGCCACUGUGGUGGGAAGGCGCGUAUCAUGCAGCUGAACUGCCAUUGAUUUUCGGCACCUACGGAAUUGUAAGAGGCGAGGGCACAGAGCUUCAAAAGGAACUCAGCGAGAAAAUGCAGGAUUACUGGCUAGCAUUUGCGGAGGAUCCUGUUAACGGGUUGCCGAAGCUAGGAUGGGAGAGCUAUAAGCCGAGUGGCAACUUUGUGUUGUUCGGGAAAGACAAUCAAGCCGUGACAACUGUCCCAGCGAGUAAGUUGGAAGCUCCGUGUCAUGCGAAGCCAAGCGGGCUGCCUCUACCUGCGUAAGAUUGAUAUCUGUCGCUUCAAGCUCGUACAGGUAUUGCACUGAGGUCCCAAUGCCCAAAGCUCAAGAUUUCAACAUCAAAAAUCCCUCGUGUAUAUAGUUCUCCCAUGCUUAUACUUAUAUGUACUUCAUAAUAUAUCGUCACUCGUUUCUCGUCGCCAUCCUCAUAUCAGUCAACUAGCCGUAAACGGCCUGCCUAGUAUACCCCGGGAAUUGCUGCAACUGCUUCUGAUCAAUUGCCUUCAACUGUGGACAACCUAGUCCUCCUACCACCCUCCCAAUAACAUUCUUGAGCUGAUCGAGUGCGCCAAGAAGAAUAUCAGGCUUCGCUUGUGCAGAGAGCUGAUACACGAAACAGGCGAGGUUGUUCCCUUGUAGUAAAGUUCCUGAGUUGAACACCCCCC